UCCGCCCCCUUUAUCCAGCCCCGCCCCCUUUAGCAACCAAGGAGAAGAUGUUAUGUUUGCUGCUAGUGCUGUGUCUGAGCUGUAGCUGUAGCAGAGGCUCUAGUGAUUGUUUCACCAGGACCCACACCGUCUGUACAGGCAACUCUACCUACAACACCAUCUAUGAUGUGAGAGUAGAGGUGAUACCUGAAGCUGACACAGAGUUCUUCCAACAUGUGGCUUCUCUGACUUGCUACCAUGAAGCCACUAAUACCUCUUAUUGUUGGGAGGAGACUACCUCUCAAAGUGUCUGUAGUGGAUUGCCCUGCUCUGCAGUUAACCUGUCCCUAAUAAGAGAAGGAAAUUACAUACCAUCCGAGUUGCUAGGCAAUAUCCUAAUGAGAGAGGACACUAGGCUGGCUCUAUUAUUGUCUGGAUACACUCUUCAACAAGUGGCCACAGGAGGUGUGGUUUCGAGUGAUGUACCUAUUGCCUCGUGGGUGUGCCUGUGUGUGGGAGUGGUACUGGCCGGAGUCGUGCUACUCAAGCCUCUUUGGUGGGACCUCUGCCACAAACCAAAGAACAUGGCGUUUUGAACAUUGACAAUCUUUCAUGUUCUUAGAAUUGCAAUAAAUAUAAUCUGCACAGAUAAAUUAUUAAAGAUAAAAAGUGUAGAACUAUUAUCA